UUGAAUGGGUCGAACCAAGAAAUUUAUUGAUCGGGACGGGAGUAAGUACUCUAACAAGAGGUCAUAUUUCUUCUAGCACCAACUCCAGAAGUCCAAUUUCUUAAUUUUGGAGUCUAUGGGGGUCGUUCGCCUGUGUGAUCGAGGAGAUGUUGGAGAACUUGUUUGCGAGUUUUUGGAGGUUUGCAUCCAUCAGCUCUUAUGCGUCCGAGAACUUUACCCACAAGAGAUCUUUGAGAGACGGCGAUACAUCAAUACCCCUGUGCAGUGGGCUCGGCACCCUGAUUUGAGGGAGUACAUACAUUCGGCAGUCACUAACCUUCAACCAUGGGUUCAGCAAGGAGUUGUAGACAAGGUCACUCUCUUAGUGAUGAACAAGAAUCGGACACUGGAAGAGAAGUUUGUGUUCUCUUUCGGCCUCAAGCAGCUGUCCACCGCAGGAGUACCAGCACAACACCUUGAAUUUGCCCUUCGAGGGUUCCUUCUUAAGAUAUCCGUUUCUGAUUCUUUCUUGUCGCCUUUACCCCCUGAUUGUUCGUGGGAGCUGGUUACAUACCUGAAGUCAUCUUCUCUCGACACCAUUAACAAAGACCAACCUUGGGUACCGGCUGACGACGAGGGCUGGGACCAGAACUUCAUAAUGACAUCCAUGAAGUCAAUGCGUAGCAGUUAUCUGGACAUGCAGCUCUACGUAGAACACUCCGUUGAAAAACCCACGGACGAAUAGACCACUUGACCGUGACCGAGAUUAUAUGCUCAACAAAGCAACCGUGAUCUGUAUGCGAAACGAAUGUAUAAAAUAAAAUUCCAUUGAAAACCUCAUUCCUAGCA